AUGAAAAUCCUUUUGGCUAAAUUGCCGAGGCCGUGGAUUGUGGAUGAGAAAAAAGAUGAUGGAUACACUGCACUUCACUUAGCUGCCUUGAACAAUCACGUCGAAGUGGCCGAACAGCUGGUCCUGAACGGAAAGGCCAAUAUGGACCUUCAGAAUGUUAAUUUGCAAACAGCGCUUCAUCUGGCAGUUGAGAGACAACACACUCAAAUAGUGAGACUGCUUGUAAGGGAAGGUGCUAAUCUGAAUAUAGCCGACAAAGACGGAGACACUCCUCUGCACGAGGCGUUACGUCACCACACUCUUUCGCAACUCCGUCAACUUCAAGAUGUACAAGAUGUCGGGAAACUUCUUAUGGGAUUAGGGACGCAGGGCUCCGACAAAAAGUCCUCUGCGAGUAUAGCUUGUUUCUUGGCAGGUAACGGAGCUGAUCUCACGAUCAAAAACAAAAAGGGACAAACUCCUCUGGACCUCUGUCCCGAUCCUAACCUAUGCAAGACGCUAACAAAAUGCCACAAGGAAAAACAGAGCGGCGAAAUGGACAUGGGAUCGCAUCAAAAUACUCAAAAUGUUAAUGUGAAUUCCACCUUAGAGGAAUGUCUCGUGUGUUCGGACGCUAAAAGGGAUAUGUUGUUCCAGCCCUGCAAUCACGUAACUUGCUGUUCCGGCUGUGCACCGCGUGUCAAGAAAUGUUUAAUCUGCAGAGAAUCUGUGGUUAAUAGAAUUAAGAUUGAAGAAUGUCUGGUCUGCUCAGAUAAGAAAUCUUCAGUACUCUUCAAACCAUGUGGCCACAUGUGUGCCUGCGAAAGCUGCUCCCAAAUUAUGAAGAAAUGUGUGACAUGCCGAUCACAAAUUGAGCAAAUGGUACCGAUUGCGGUGUGCGCAGGAGGUUUAGGUACUAUUUCGGAGGUCGAAGCUGACAUAGAAGAAGAAAUUGAAAAACCAUCGACUAGCGAACCACCAGCAGUCAUUCAAGGACCAAUUAUGAAUAACGGUGGCAGGGAUACUGUUAACUCCAAUGAUAUACAGAAAUUACAGCAGCAGUUGCAAGAUAUUAAAGAACAGACUAUGUGCCCGGUGUGUCUUGAUAGACUGAAGAACAUGAUAUUCCUUUGCGGACAUGGAUUAUGUCAAAUGUGUAGCGAUCAAAUGACCGAAUGUCCAAUUUGUAGGAAAGCUGUUGAAAAAAGAAUAUUGUUGUACUGA